AUCUCUUCCCGGAAGCGGCGCCGCCUGGCCGGAAGCGGAAGCGGGCAGGGUGCUCGGAGAGGGGCUGCCAUGGCGCUGCGGCUGCUGCUGCUGCUGCUGCUCGGCGCCGGGACCGGGGGUGCGGGGCGGGGCGCGGAGCUCCUCGGGGCCCGCAACACCUCCGCGAUCGCUGAGGGAGCGCUGCCCGGUGCCCCUCAGCGGCUGGAAACCCGGCCCGGCGGGAGCCACGGCCUGCCCGGUGAGAACCGAGCCGGGGGGCACAGCUCGGAGACGUUGGCAGCCCACAGCGGAAAGGUAAAACGGGAUCAGGGCGCGGGUAACGGGGAUCAGAGCAAUUCCCCGAGCGACGGAGGCAACAACGGGGAGCCAGAGAACAGCAGCACCAAGCAGCAGGGCAACGACAGCCACGGUGAUCAAGGCCAGCAGCAGCGGGGCAGCAGCUCUGAUGGGCAACCCCAGAAUGAUGGCAACAGCAACACUCGCAACGAUGAAGAUAAAGAAGGCCAAAAAAAGGAAAAUGGCGGCAGCGACACCGAGACACAGAGGAAAACCCAGACGGGUGGCGGCACCGGGGGGGGAAAAACCGACACUGAGCAGGACACCAACAGGCAGGGAGACAGCAACCAGCAGCAACACAACACCGGGCAGGGAAGUGACAACCAGCAGCGAGACAACAACACGCAGGGAGACGGCGGCCAGCAGCAGGAAAACGGCAAGAAGAACGGCAACCAGCAGCCAGCCAGCAGCAGCCAGGGAAACGGCAGCCAGCAAGACAACAACUUGCAGGAGAACAGCGACGGGCAGCAAAACGGUGAUCAACGGGACAACACGCAGCAAGAGAAGGACCAGCAGCAAGACAGCAAGCAGGAAAACAAGGAGCACGAGCAGCAAGACAAGCAGGAAAACAAGGACCAGCAGCAAGGCGACAACGGGCAGGAAAACAAGGACCAGCAGCAAGGCGACAACGGGCAGGAAAACAGCAAAAAUGAGCAAGACAGCAGCAGGCAGCAAACUGGAAACCACCAGGAAGAGAGCGACAGGGAGAAAAACGACGGCCAGCAGCACACCAACAGGCAGGAAAGCAGCGACACCAGCAAGGGAGGCGCCAGCCAGAGCAGCACCGACAAGCAAAGCAGCAGCUCGGGCGCUCGGGUGGGCUCACAGAGAGAGAAAAACCCAUCGUCGCAGUCGUCCGCACGCCUUCCUGACAAUGAAGGCUCUCCAGACAGCGGGGAGCUGCAAGAGGAAGGGGAUGGGGGUAGGAACGGCAACGGGGGCUCCUCGCUUAGUAACGGGAGAGAGAAGAGCGUCCCUGCUGCUCCCAGGGAGCAGUCGGAGAACAGCCACUUCUUUGCCUAUCUGGUGACCACGGCCAUCGUUGUCGCUGCCCUGUACGUCGCCUACCACAACAAGCGCAAGAUCAUUGCUUUUGCUCUGGAAGGGAAAAGAUCGAAAGGUGGUCGACGGCCCAAGUCUGGCGAUUACCAGAGACUGGACCAGAAGAUCUAGAUUCCUCCUCAGGUGUUGGAUGGAACGAGGAUGCCCGGCGACGGAAUCCUGGGACCCCACCGACUGCCCUGCCGUAGCACUCUGAAUCGUAGCUUCGCUGUCGUCGUCAGACUUCAGAGAACAGGAAGGGGAAAUGCUUCUAGUUCUGCACCUGCACCUUGGUAAUGUUAAACCUCUCACUUCCUCAAACUGCAUUUCUCCUGCCCCAGCUGCCUGAAGGCGAGCUGCUUUUCUGCCUGGGCGCCCAGGCUCUUGUCUGUGGCCCGCGGAAAGGCACCUGGCAGAACUGCUGUGGCCGAAUGAAGUGGAAUUGUUCAUCUACUGUACUGACGUCUGCUGAAAAAAAAAACCCUGCCUGCGAAAUGAGCCAUCUGGUCGUCUCCUCUGAGCCACGGAGCUGCCUUCGGAGCCAGCACAGAGAUCUCCCUCUGUCCUUUGGAUGCUGAGGUUCGGAGCGAGGCUGAUUGCACUAGCUUGGAAAUGAUCCGCCACGGACUCUGAUUUGAUUUUCCUGCUUUCUUCCUCUCCGUGAUGAAGACGGUGCCAGUCUGACGUCGAGGUUCUCCCUGCAAUGCGCACCUUGGGAGGCGCUGGGGCUGUCCCUGGCCCUUUGGCUGUAGCUUCAACUUCCUCCACGCGGGUCGUUCCCUCGCAGCCCCCGC